UGUGUCUCUGUGUGUGUCUGUGGUAGUUGAACUCUUCCUGGUUCACUGUUGUGCUGUUGUUUUCUCUCUCUUCACUUUGACUCGCUUGUGUUUUUAGUUCUUCUUCUUCGGUUCAGAAGGAGCUGCUGAGUCAUCAUGCUGAUAAACGAAUCGCUGGAGGUUUAAAUCAACAGUUUAGCGUUUGUUGAGCAGCAGCGAGUCGUCGGUCAGUUAGCUAAGUGCUAGCUGUAGCCGUCCCGUCAGUAACAGGCAUGUUCGCGUCCUGCUGUAACUGGCUGUGCAUGGACACAGCUGACGAAGCGCAGCCAGGUGAAGGUGAGCGACGUCCUCAGUCCUACACCAACUCAGCCUUCAGCAGUCAGCCGUCUCCUCCUCCACCUGAACACACCUGUAAGGCCUGCGGGGGGAGCUUCGACACACCUGCCAAGAAGCAUGUGUGUGUGGACUGUAAGAAGAACUACUGCAGCCGCUGCUCCGCCCAGCAUGAGCCCCGCCCCCGCCUCUGUCACACCUGCCAGCGUUUCUAUGGCAACCUGCUGGUGCGGGCGGAGCUUAUGAAGCUGAAAGUGAAGGAGCUCAGGGACUACCUGCACCUCCACGAGGUCUCCACCCACCUGUGCAGAGAGAAGGAGGAGCUGGUGGAGCUCGUCCUGGGUCAGCAGUCGACACCAUCCAGUGACUUUGCUCCCGAGUCCCCGAUCACCGAGCCCCCUGAACCCACCCCUGACAUCUCCACCUUGACUCCUGACUCCACGACGCCGACACCUGAGCCCCCCGCCGCCCAGCCCGAGGCCCCGGCCCCGGCCCCGCCCACAGACCCCUCCCCCGCUGAGCCCGACGCUGAGGACGAAGAUCAGGCCUGGGACCCGGAGGAAGCCCCGGUUUCGGGUCGCAGGGCCUCGCUGUCCGACCUGAGCUGUUUGGAGGACGUUGAGGCGCUGAGCGUCCGACAGCUGAAGGAAAUCCUCGCCAGGAACUUUGUGGACUACAAAGGCUGCUGUGAGAAGUGGGAGCUGAUGGAGAGAGUGAGGCGGCUGUACCAGGACCAGCAGAACCUGCUGGGUGAGUACCAGGACCAGCAGAACCUGCUGGCUGCCAACGCUGCCAACACUUCAGAAUCCGGCGGCGGCGGCGGUCCAGCACGUCUGGAGGAGAACCUCUGUAAGAUCUGCAUGGACUCUCCCAUCGACUGCGUCCUGCUGGAGUGCGGUCACAUGAUCACCUGCACCAAGUGCGGCAAGAGGAUGAGCGAGUGUCCCAUCUGCCGCCAGUACGUCGUCCGAGCCGUCCACGUCUUCCGGGCCUGAGCGCGCCGGCCCUGACCAGCAGCCAGGAUCGGCCAUCUUUGAAGCAAUAAACUGCAAACAAAUCCACGUGAGGGGACCUUUUACAAAGACAAUAAAUUAUUUUUAUUUUGUUGAUUCUAUUUUUCUAUUGUAAAUAAGAUGUGCGGUAUGUUCGUAUGAAGAAUAUAAGAAGUGACCUUAUCAGGCUGCAGAGGUGCUGUUUGAACACUGAAUGUACAGACCAGGCGGAUCACAUCUCUGAAUCUUGAACUUAAACCUUUAAACUCAGCAACUGAGAAUCCUCUGAAUUCACCUGCUGGUCACCACCUCCUGAAAACUGCUCGGUGUGAACACGAUCCAGCAGGGGGUCCUGAAGCCGAAAAGGUCUCAGACCCCGACGGGUGCGUAAAUCGACCAAAGAGAAAACACGGCUUUACCUCGUCAGACUGUUCUCCGUGUCGCCUUUAACUUUGAGGACGAGCACAGACUGUGUUCUUAUUACAGCCUUCAUACUUUGUUUACAGUCUGCAGUGAGUCUACACUGUAAAAACGCCACCCCACUCACCUGAGGCUGGGGGCGGAGCUCUGUCAACCACAGUGUCACCUUCAGACGUGCAGGUGAGCAUCCAGCAGUAGAAACAUGUUGACAGUUGAAUGUCCAGAUGAGUGGGCUUUGGCUCCUUAACAAAUAUAAAUAUUAUUUUUGGCAUUAAUUGUCCCCCAUACAACUGAUUAACAUCAGCCACCAGGGGGCAGCAGAUUGUUUGACUUUGUGCUAAGCUAGCUAACACCGUGUCUUACCUGCAUGCGACGCAAGCGAGCGUCUGUGACGGCGCAGAACAGUCGCACCUGGCGGCGAGUGAUACAGUGCAGCGCAUCAUUUUGCGUGCACGUCUUGUUUUCAUUGAUCUUUGUUGUUGGCUUUGAAGCCGCCUCUUGGACGAGGAACGGUUGGAGUGAAGUGAGUUACUGCUUCAGUACUUGUCAUUUUACUACAGAAACCUGAAUGAGGUGGCAGCUGGGUGGAGGGACGUCACGGGGAGCUCAGAGUUCCUGGUUUUCUGCUGCCAAUCAGAUGUCAUUUGUAGAUAUUUUGUGGUGAUGAGGUUCCUUGAGCGGUUACGAGUGCAGUCUGAUGUCCAGGCCACAGCAGACCUGCAUCACGACACAUUCGGUGUGAUGGCUGACGUGCAGUUCGCAUGCAGCUCGGACACGGUGGAAGCUAAACUGUACACUCAGGGCCGCUGCUUCCCACCAGCUCUGUUCCUCUCUUCUGUUCUGUAGAACGAGGAGGGUUUUAGAUUCUCACCAGGGUUUCAUGGUAGGUAAUUAAAAGCUGUGAUUUUCUUUCUUCUUUCUUUUGGCUGAUUGUAAAUACACCGUGUUUGCAUGGUGGCCAUUUUCCUCUGACAUCACGCUCAGAGGGGGGAGCUGAAAUGCUGGGAUGAUGAACUAAAAGAUUCCUGAUGGGACAGCAUUAAGCUCCCCCGGAAAAGCCAAGUAGUAACGCUUGCAAUAAUGACAAGGAAACCAGAAAAGGUAUGAAACGGUUGCUCAGAGUUUGUGUUCGUGUUGUUCAUAAGCACUUUUAAAGUUGCAGAAAAUGUGAUGUCAUAGUUUGAUUCCCGAAAUCCGAGGCCUGGAGCUGUUCAACGCAUUGGACAGAAAACAAAAGGAUUUCACGAGUACUGAAACGUUCCUUUGAAUCUGCAUGAGGUGUGCCGUAAAGCGCUGGGGCCCCAGGACGCCUCCGUGGGGGACUCCACGUCAUUAAAGACAACAAACAACAUGAUGGUCUUCGCGGCAGACUGUCCCUCUGUGUUAAAGUCUUUGGUUUGAAGUUGACGUGGUGUCUCGUUUUAACUCUUUGCACUAAUCUGUCGAUGCUGAACUGCUUUAGUUUUAGUGUUUUGGUCUAAGAAGAAGAGACGUGCAGGAGAGAUUUGUUGUCCUUUCUGUUUUUAGUGUGACGUUUUGUUUUCUGACAUCAUUAACAUUGAUUUUUGUUGUGGAUAUUUUUUUUGAAACCGAUUGUUCGAGGCAUUCUGACUUUGGGAUCACGUGUUUCAUCUGUAGUUUCUGCCUUUAAGUUGUUCAGCGUGAUCACAGUCAGUGAUGGUACUCUUACUGCACUUUGAUUUCUCUGCUACAAUAGAAGUGAAUAAUGUCAUAAUCACAGCACUGUGAGAGCAUUUUAUGAUCAAAUGUCGUCGAGACAGAAACAUCUUCAGGUAUCAGCUAGCAUCCCAAGCUUCCCUGCUGUGACACGAUUUGCACAGCAGGUUUCGGUUUUUCCUUGUCAGAUUUAACUUGAUCUGAAAGAUGAACGCUAACACUAAAGGGUUCUGCUUUAGCUCCUCGCUUUAAUCACAGUUCAGAUACUUUGUAACAUUCAUUAAACUUCACUGGAAUCUGCUAAAAUUAUAUAUUGUAAAAUUAAACAGAAAAAGAACUUUAGUUUUGUGAGUGAACUUUGCUGAAUAAUUUCUAAUAAAAGUGCUGUUCUUUC